GCCGGGAGGGCCGCGGCCACCGGAAGAGUCGCGGUCGCCAGCCGAGCGCCGGGAGUGGGGAGCGGAAGCGGCGGCGGGCGGCGCUGGGACCCGGGAGCGGCCGGAGAACAAGGGAGCUGGCGCCCCGGCCGGCGGCUGAGCGGGGCUGAGCUGCGGGCCGCGCCGAGCGCCGAGCGCUGCGGGAGAGGCCCGGCCCCGCUGCCCAAGCAGGCCGCGCGCCGCGGGGCCGAGGCCGGAGCCAUGGGCGAGACCAAGAUCAUCUACCACCUGGACGGCCAGGAGACGCCGUACCUGGUGAAGCUGCCCCUGCCCGCCGAGCGCGUCACCUUGGCUGACUUUAAGGGCGUUCUGCAGCGGCCCAGCUAUAAGUUCUUCUUCAAGUCUAUGGACGACGAUUUUGGGGUGGUGAAGGAAGAGAUCUCGGACGACAAUGCCAAGCUACCCUGCUUCAAUGGCCGGGUGGUGUCCUGGCUGGUCUCUGCUGAGGGCUCACACCCAGAGCCAGCCCCUUUCUGUGCCGACAACCCGUCAGAGCUGCCACCUUCAAUGGAACGCACUGGAGGCAUUGGGGACUCUCGGCCCCCCUCCUUCCACCCUCAUGCUAGUGGGGGCAGCCAGGAGAACCUAGACAAUGACACAGAGACCGACUCGUUGGUGUCUGCCCAGAGAGAGCGGCCCCGACGGAAGGAUGGCCCAGAGCACGCAGCCCGGCUCAAUGGAACCACAAAGGGCGAGCGGCGACGGGAGCCGGGCGGCUAUGACAGCUCAUCUACACUCAUGAGCAGCGAGCUGGAGACGACCAGUUUCUUUGAUUCAGAUGAGGAUGACUCCACCAGCAGGUUCAGCAGUUCCACGGAACAGAGCAGUGCCUCGCGCCUGAUGAGAAGACACAAGCGGCGGCGACGGAAGCAGAAGGUCUCCCGGAUUGAGAGGUCCUCCUCCUUCAGCAGCAUCACCGACUCUACCAUGUCUCUCAAUAUCAUCACAGUCACCCUCAACAUGGAAAAGUAUAACUUCUUGGGCAUCUCCAUUGUGGGCCAGAGCAAUGAGCGAGGUGAUGGGGGCAUCUACAUUGGCUCCAUCAUGAAGGGUGGGGCUGUGGCAGCUGAUGGACGCAUUGAGCCAGGAGAUAUGCUACUGCAGGUAAAUGAGAUCAACUUCGAGAACAUGAGUAACGACGACGCAGUCCGAGUACUUCGGGAGAUUGUGCACAAGCCAGGGCCCAUCACUCUGACUGUAGCCAAGUGCUGGGACCCAAGUCCUCGUGGCUGCUUCACAUUACCCCGGAGUGAGCCCAUCCGUCCCAUUGACCCUGCAGCCUGGGUCUCUCACACUGCGGCCAUGACAGGCACCUUCCCCGCAUAUGGCGUGAGCCCCUCCCUAAGCACCAUCACCUCCACCAGUUCCUCCAUCACCAGCUCCAUCCCCGACACAGAACGCCUAGAUGAUUUCCACCUCUCCAUCCACAGUGACAUGGCGGCCAUCGUGAAAGCCAUGGCCUCCCCUGAGUCAGGGUUGGAGGUCCGAGACCGCAUGUGGCUCAAGAUUACCAUUCCCAAUGCUUUCAUCGGCUCCGAUGUGGUGGACUGGCUGUACCACAACGUGGAAGGAUUCACCGAUCGGCGGGAGGCCCGCAAGUAUGCUAGCAACCUGCUGAAAGCUGGCUUCAUCCGCCAUACGGUCAACAAGAUCACCUUCUCCGAGCAGUGCUACUACAUCUUCGGGGACCUCUGUGGCAACAUGGCCAACCUAUCCCUUCACGACCAUGAUGGCUCCAGUGGCGCCUCUGACCAGGACACACUGGCUCCUUUGCCGCACCCAGGAGCUGCCCCUUGGCCUAUGGCUUUCCCUUACCAGUACCCACCACCUCCGCAUCCCUACAACCCUCACCCAGGCUUCCCAGAACUGGGCUACAGCUACGGUGGGGGCAGCGCCAGCAGUCAGCACAGUGAAGGCAGUCGGAGCAGUGGUUCCAACCGAAGUGGCAGCGACCGGCGCAAGGAGAAGGACCCAAAAGCGGGGGACUCCAAGUCAGGUGGCAGCGGCAGCGAGUCAGACCACACCACACGCAGCAGUCUGCGGGGGCCCCGGGAGCGCGCACCGAGCGAGCGCUCAGGCCCGGCGGCCAGCGAGCACAGCCACCGCAGUCACCAUUCACUGACCAGCAGCCUGCGCAGCCACCACACGCACCCGAGCUAUGGCCCACCCGGUGUGCCCCCUCUCUAUGGUCCCCCGAUGCUGAUGAUGACCCCGCCGCCGGCAGCCAUGGGGCCCCCAGGAGCCCCUCCAGGGCGUGACCUGGCCUCGGUGCCCCCGGAACUGACGGCCAGCAGACAGUCCUUCCGCAUGGCAAUGGGAAACCCCAGUGAGUUCUUUGUGGAUGUGAUGUGAUCAGGGCCUCUCACCCUCAGCCUGCAACCCCAUCUCCAUCAGUCGGCCUUUUUUUUUUUAACUUUGGUACCUGAAAGGGAAAUAAAUGGAACUAACUGCUACUGCUUGCUGGUAGCAGCAAGGAUGAGGGUCUCUACUCAUCCAUGCUACAGCCCCUAACCUGCCUCUAGCCCAGCUGGUGCCUCUGCCCACUAACCAGCCCCCAUUUCACCCAGUUCCGGAUUUCCCAGGAUUUUUCAUGUCCCCAGCUCUGCACUGCUGGUGUUAACUCCUGCUGCUCCACUCACAUUCAGGAGCUGGCCCCAGCGGUGCCACACCAUCAGCCCACCCUUUCCCUCCUCGGCAUCCUCUGCCCGCCUCCUUAGGCAUGUGUAGAGAUCUUGACAUUACCCCACCAUACUGACACCAAAAAAGGUCUUCCCUACCUAACUGUCCUGCCUGCUGCUUCAGACCUUCACCCUACAGCUGUAGCCACCUAUAGUAGGCAUCUGUGCUGUCUGUCCCUGCCUGGACCUAGCUCCAAUCAGAAGCCCAGAGAGCCUCUCCUCAGGUGCCAAGGCCACUAGUGGCUUCCAGGGACUAUCUCUGCUGGCCUGGAGCCCCAUCUGCCUGUCCUGUGUGCUGGCUCCCUGAGAUCUAACCUACUAACCACAGGCUUAUCUGACUUCUGAGCCUGAAACACUUUUCUUCUUUUUUCUUCCUUCAAACUUCCCUGGGCCUGGAGCAGCCAAGAAUUUCGGGCUCUUUGACUUUCUGUGAGUCCCCAGGAAAGGGAGGCCCAGCCUCCAAGGAGACCAGGAACUCUGCUUCAGAAGCUCCUCAGGGGCUUCCCAAGGAUGUCCCCUCACACCCACACGACAAGGUCACACAUAGAAAUACAUACACAUCUGAGUCUGUCUGUCUGUCUCUCUCUCUCUCUCUCUCACACACACACACACACACACACACACACACGCUUGUACAUGCCUGCCUACACAAGUUUACAUAAGCCUCAGGGCUGGUCCCUGACCAGAGGGCUGGACCCUUUUCCCACGCCAUCUCCUAGAUAGUGGGGCUGGUCCCUGACUGCCCUCUCCCUUUCCUGCUAGCCCUUAAGUUUCCCACAUGUUCCCAAUACCUCGGCACUUGGAUAAAGCCCAAAAGUGGGGCUCCACAGAGGGCUCUCCGGUAGCCGUAGGUCCCUCCCCACUUCCCUCCUGCCCACACAGCCCUAUGCCUGCUGCUUUCAUCCUCACCAGGAAACCUGGGGACACAGGCCAGUUGAAGCUACACAAGCAGACAACUGGAACUUCCAAACAGUUCCAAUUAUUUUUUAAAUUGUUUUCUACCUUAAAUCACAAUUUUCUCCUUAAAACUCUGCUAUAAACUCUGACUUAUCCAGACUCUUAAAUUCCCAGGGCAAGGGUGUCAGCUGGGGACAUAGCUCUGUAGUGUUUACCUACCAUGGCCCAGCAAAUGUUUCUUCCCAUCAGGAUGUCCUUAGCCCAGGUUUGGGGGCAACUUGAGGUAGGGAUAUUUUGACAUUCAUUCAUUUAACUGUUUCCUGGGAUUGUAAUGAACAAAGGGCUAUGUUAGAAGCAUGAUUCGAUCUUAGCUGUCUUUGGUUCUCUCUGACUCUGGCUUUUCCUGUUCUCUGGGGAAUCCCUCAUCAGUGCGCACGCAUGCGCUGGACACCAGUGCUCCUGUUAUUCCAUCCUUGGCUCACAUCUCUUUCUUUCCCACUUCCACGACAUCGCCAUCCACUCUCUUCUUAAGCAGUUGAUUCGCUGGCCACUUCUAAAUCUGGAUCCAACCCAGCUGCCUCUUUAGAUCUGUUUUUAUUACUCACUGAACAUCUCCACAGGCAUGUCCAUAAUAGUGAUGUAGUAUUCCUCUUGAAUUCCUGUCCUGGUGACCCUCAUCACAAGGUACACCUACACGGUGUUAGCAUCACAUACCCUUCUGCUCUGACACUCUGAAGCUCCACUGCUCAUCCCCCUUUCUUAAUUUACAGAGCAUGGGAUUUGGAGUCAGGGUGGUUUAGGCUUGAAUUCCGGCUCUAUCAUUUUUGGUUGUGUAAUAGAGUUAUUUAACCUCUCUGGAGCCUCAGUCCUCCCAUAUGUAAAAUGAUAAUAAUACCUACCUCACAGGGUUGUUGUGAGGAUUUAAAUUAGAUAUUGUACGAAAAGUGCCUAGCACAGUGCCUGGCACACAAUAGAGUAGGUGCUCAAUAAAUGGUAGCUAUUAUUAUUAUUA